AUGCUCGGUGCCACGGCGCCGCACGCGUCUGAUCUAUGAUACAUAUCGAUCAUCUAUGUGCUGUGAAUCAGUGAUUAACAAUGCGGUCCGGGGUUAUAUGCGUUUUGUUAGUUUUACUUAUACAAAAAGGAGCAGGGGAUGAAGAUUUCCGGCCGACACCGAUACCGCUGAACGAGUGGCACGAGGUGCGGGGGUGGAGGGGUGGGCGCGCGGACAGGGUGCCCACCCUGCAAGAAGUACUACACGCGCCUGGCCACUACUGGGAGGACGCACUCAGACACAGCGUCUACCUCACCCUCGUCAGAGACAAGAUAGACCAGCUCAUAGCAAACGGGAGUCCCGAACACACCAACUAUCUUGACGACAGAGAUCUCUGGGACAAAGUCAAGCAGGCGCCCUUCGAAAGAAAUGAUAACGAAGACCCUGCCAUGGUCGGAGACGUUGUCAUGAUGGCCAAGGGAAAGGUGAUGGAGGAGAACGGCGGAUUCAGGUUCAAAGAAGAUGAUAAGUUCAAAGAUAAGUGCAGGGAGAAAUGCAUGGACGGAGUUAAAGCGCUCUGGUCAGUUAAGAGGAUACGACAGAGAGACUCAGACGUGACGGGGCGAUAUCAUUACGAGCUCACGUUUUCAGUGGUCACGCAGAAGAAACACAAGAAGCAUGAGAAACCCGCGAGAACGUUUACUGUCAGAGAGACCGUUCCGGAGAGAAUAGUGGAAGCACCGUUGGAGAAUCGGUAUUAUGAGUCUACAACACCACCGGUACCGAUACCGGCAGCAGUGCAGCCAACGCGCACUGAGCGAGCGCUUUGGAUCCACAAAAACAUCGCUCCAAGGAACCAAGCGAGACAGCAUCAUAACGGCCUCGACAGACUAUGGUCCUCACUGUUUUCUGAUGAUGAUGAUGACGUAGCCCCACCACGGUACAAGCCUAAACAGUACCAGCAGAACCAGUACAAUCCACCCCCGCCGAUAUACCAACAGUAUUCCAAGGCUGGGUACGUAGGGUCGCCGAAUGACCAUCAAAAGGCAGCAUAUGUAGGUUCUCCAAGCGAGCAUCAGCAGAAGAAGCUAGUACCUCACAAGAUCCACCAUGUGUACAAAUAUAAUCAGUACGGCCGUCCUCUUCCCCCGCCACCCCCGCCGCAUCAUCAACAACACUACUUGGAUAUCGAGCAGAUAGGAGUCGUGAGCGCCCCCUACCACCAGGACCACAGACAUGGACCGCCUCACAAACCAGGAAAGACGUCACGGCCACCUGUAUUACCAACUCCACCCUAUCCGGUUUUGCCCCAAAAGAACUUCACCAUCGAAACUACAACACCUUUGAAACCUAACAGUGAAGAAACUACUCAGAAACCUGACGUGCAUCCACCGAAAACUUAUAACAAACACAAGCCGACGACGGUGAAAAUUAGUUACGUCACGGACCAUGUCAGGCCGCCCGUCUACAACGCGCCUCCUGGAGUUUUCGUGACAAUGGACAAGAAACCUUUCAAGCCAAUGCCACCUCUGAGACUCGUCCACUCGUCAAAGUUCCAUAAGACUCCUCGGCCGACCGACUUCCGACCCAGCCCUCAAGUUCUAGACGUUUCCUCAUUCUCAGAACCGGAUCCAUUACUUGACACUGCAUUUAGGCCGAUCACAUUAAAUUAUGCGAACAGCAACACUACCGAGAAAGCUGAAGCCGCGAGCGACAAUCAUUUCCGAAAAUCUAAUUCGACCGCUAAGAAGCCACCGAAGAAGAACGAAAUCGUAAAUACACAACGAGUUACAACGACAGCACCCGAGAUUAUAACCGCGCACAGCGUGGCAGAGGACAGCGAUGCGGAGUGGACCAACGUGUUGGGUGCGUUCGCUAAGACUACGCCGAUGGCCGCUGAGAGUGCUGAGAAAGGAAAGGCUAAAACGCCAGAAACAACUACUCCUAUGACGACGACAACGGUGUCAACAACCACCACAAUAACGCCAGCUCCAACCACGACCACCAAGCGGUUACCCAAGAGAACAACGAAAACUACCACUACCACUGAAGCGCCUACAACAACGCCAAAGCCCAAGAAACGCACGCGUCCGCCACCGAAAUUCACUAAACCAGAAAAAGUUAAGAAACACAAACGCAUUACAACAACUACCACUACAACUGAACGUCCAUCCAAACGCAAAGAACAAGAUCUGACGCCUCAAGCGAGUUCAGCGUCUGCCACCGCGCAAUCUACUACGACAACGUCCACAACGACGACAACAACCACUACUACUCCUGAGCCCACGACAACAACCGUUCAAACGACGACAAUUACCACACAACCUCCAACAACUACCGAAACGCCGACACCGGCCCCGGAAACUGAACCACCAAAAACAAAAAGCCGCUACAGGCAAUCUACGUUAAGAUACAGGAGUGUUCUAACAGGCCAUGAUAAGAAAGAAGAAAAAGCACGGACGAUCAUACCACCAACGGGUGUAAUCAAACCGAGAAGGAAGGGAACUAAAUACACGAACUACAUUACGUCUACGCCUAAAUUCUCAGACAUGCAAUUUGACGAAGAAGGCCAAGAAGAUCAUGUUGUCAGUCCGUACAAAUCCAAAUCUGUAUCUACUACUACGGAGUCUAUAACAACUACUAAUCAUGCUGCUUCGAAACCAACUACCCCAGCGUACGAGGAGGUAGCAGAUCAUGUUUAUAUCACAAGUGAAUUACCAGAAUAUUCCUUUGGCCCUGACGAUGAUUUUGAUGAUUCAGAUGAAAGAGAUGAAGAACAGGAAACCUCAGAGUUCCUUCCCUCUACAUCAGCAUUGGUAACUCCGAUUGAAACUACAAAUGAAGUAGUAGAAAAUGAAGACGAGCCGGUGGAAGCAACUGCAGAAAUCGUAGUGACGACGCCUUUAUCCGCAGCGAAAAACAAAACCAAAUGUAAGAAAAAGAAACUACACACUCAUAACAAUACUACAGAAGAAGUUAAGACUGAGGAAUGGAGGGCAGAGGAAUCGAGUGUACAUGAGACAAUAUCAGUAGAAAAGCCAGAGGAAAGGUUAGAAGAAACAACACUGGAGGUUAAGAAGCUUGAAGAAGAGGAGUUAGCAGUUCAAGCAUUAGAACAAAUAAGUUCAACAACCAGUACGACCACAACGACUGAACCAUCUUCAACAGCUGACAUGUUCGAAGAAAUCUUCGGAGGAUUCACGUUUGACGACUCCGUAACAGAAUCAAAAAACAAUGAGUCCUCAAAGCUAGAUGAACAAGAAAGUACCAAUCAGGAAGAAUUCAUCAAAGCGGAGGACGAUUUCGAAGAUUUCUUUGAAGCCUUCGAUGAGAAACAUAGGCAGCAUAGAGAUGGGAAAUAUGAUGAUGAGUAUGAAUAUGAUGAUAAAGAACGUUUAUUAGAUGAUGACGAGUUCCAGUACCAAGGCGACGAGGAUCGGAGAGGUUCGAGAGACGUUAAAGAAGAGGAAGAUUCGUAUGAAGAUUAUCAGGAACGUCCCUUCAGUUUAUUAGAACUCAUGGCCAUGGAGUAAACUGAAUUUUUGCAAUACCUUUUCAAGGAGCAUGUUAAUUAAUGGUCUACCUUGGGUCCCGUACAAACGCGUUUUUUCUAGCGUCAUAGGUGUAAAA